GUUUUGAAGUUGACGCAAUGCUGAUGAACUGUCAAAUUUAUAGGCAAGUAGCGCUGAGGACAUAACGCUUGAAACCACUAACGGACAAAUCAACGGAUAUUUUGUGGCUAAAAACUAUAUCAAAGCAAAAUCUACUAACGGUGCUGUCGAAAUGAAUGCUGAGGCGAGCGAUGUUUCAAUCACUACCACCAACAACUUCAUCAAAGGAGCAAUUAAUGCUGUCAAGUGUGCGAAUAUCCAAAGUAGCAGUGGCUACGUGCAACUGAAAGUCAAUUCAGCAAGGAUCAAAGUUUCAACUAGCAAUGGGUAUAUCUCUGGUGAUUACAAUGGCAAAGACAUCUCUAUCAAAACUACAAAUGCGAAGAUCUCAGAUAUCAAUGCUACUGGUAACGACGUCAAGGUCCAGACAACCAACGCCAGAAUAGAGGGUAACUUCAUAGCAAGAAAAGAUAUAACAUUGAAGACCACCAACGCAAAGAUUGAUAGCAACUGCAGACUUGAAGAGACUGGUGGCGAUCUCAAUAUCUCAACUUCCAAUGCAACGAUCAGUGGAAAUUACGAAGCCCCUGGUAGUGAUGUGGACCUGUAUACCAGCAACGGAAAGAUUAUCCCUAGCAAGGUCGUUGGAAGGAAAGUCAAAAUGAUUACCAACAACUCAUCCAUCAAAGCCGAUGUUGUUAUCGGACAGCAAAUCAAGGCCACUACUAGUCACGCAAGCGUCGAUCUUAAAAUCGGCCUAGAUGACAGCAAGAAGAGGAUUGAAGUGUAUGCGGAAACAAGCCAUAGUUUGGUCGACGUGCAAGUGCCCGAUACUGUCAUUGGUACAUUUGAUGUCUCCACUGCUCACAAGACGGCUACUGUCGAAGCACCAAACCCUUUAAAUAUUGUGUUUGAGAAGAGCGAAAAGGAAUACAAAAGUGGCCGUAAGGUACCUGAGUCAGACAAGUCUGAAUACCGGGAAGGCAGAAUACAAAUCGUUACAAAGCAUGCACCAGCUACCCUAACCUAUGUUUGAACAACUAAGGAAGGUAAAAAAUAAUUUAUCCCAAGAUCAUUAUAUCUUCUGACCUCCAUUGUAAAUCCGCUUCCUGU